AUUUAUUAGAUGAGAUUUGAACAUUAAAAGUUCGAAUUUACCAAUGGCUUUGAUUUGUAUGACAUAAGAAAAUCGUGAGAGAAAUUGACACGUAGGAUCAUGACAACACAUAGGAAACUAAAAUACAGCGUGUCCGAUGCUAGCCGUCGCAUGUAUAGAGAUGAAACCAACGGGAUUUAUAGAAAGCUCGGCAAUCCAUGGCCCACAGAAAACCAACUGAGACAACAAAAAUUUGAGGCAAGGCAGCGGCCACUUAGUCACAUUUUGGCCUCUAGUUCCUUCAGAGAAGACUAUAACAGGGAACCAAUAACCAGGGGACAGAGUUUAAGCAAUUUGAAGAAAGCACGGUUGAGAAAUUCACUGAAUCUACCCCAUAGUUUUUCUUUGGAUUUAGAGUACGAUGUGGAUGCAAAUGCAAAAAUAGACGACGGCUUCUUAGCUAAAUCUGGGAAUCUAAGAGAUGUAACAGUCUCUGGGGAUUCUGCUUUUAAUUUUGUUCCAGAGAGGGAUAUAAUAUCUCUAGGAGACAUUUCAUCCUCUCACGUUACAAACUGCCGUGCCCUCCAAAAGACCCCAAGCGUUGGAAGUAAGAGAUCUAGCCUUAGAUCUGACAGAAUCCGAAAAUCAUCAUCAUCAUCAUCAACAUCCUCUUCCAUAUCGCGAAGCCAAUCAUCUAAGUCACGAUCGUCCUCGCCAAAAACCAGGUACAAAACAAAGGACAUUGAACAUGUACUUGAUAACGCAACCGACAGUGAUAGCGAUGAAUCAUCCAAAAUCCACAAGGUAUUACGCAAAAGGCCUUCGUUCAAGGAAAUAUUUCCAGAACCUGUAAACCAAGAAUUUAUGGACAAAUCUGUUGAAAGAAAAUCAUUUGGUAGAUUGUCAUUCUCGGAGCAAGAUACCAAUAGAAUUUUCGAUUCGGAAGUAAGUAUCCAGACAACAGUCAAAAAUGAUUCUAGUUCUUUAGGAAAAACUAAGCUAAAUACAUCCCUCUCAAAAGAUUCCGGGGAAUCAGACUCUUCGGACUCUUCAAAAAUUGCACGUCAAGUAUUUGACUCCACUGACCAUUUCCAGCCUUCACGUAGCUUCUUAUUUCCUGGAACUGUAAACAGACCAGAGACGACAACUUCAGAUUCCGAGUCUUCGUGCAAAGAAGGCAGUUAUAUUUUGGACUCUGAGUUUUACCCGUCAAAAGGGCCGUGUGUCUCUGUCAACUCACCUCAUUCUUUACCGAUUUCAGCUGAUUUGCCUUCAUUGAACAACACUGAUAGUGAGGAUGAUGGUAACUCCGAUAUCAAAACACACAACCAUAAAGCUUUGAAAGGAAACGUCAAACUGGACAGGAAAUGA